GGCUGACUUAGCUUCUCAGACAAACUGCUAGACACAUGAAGGACAUUGGUAAGAAGAGUUUAAAGUUUUGGGUUUAGCGCCACGGUCUUAGUUUAAAAACAGAAUAAUGCCCGAAGAAACCACGAGCAGACCGCAUAUAGUCACAUGCACCGCUCCUGUGAAUAUUGCUGUCGUUAAAUACUGGGGGAAGCGGGAUGAAGAUUUAAUUCUACCCAUCAGCUCAUCACUGAGCGUCACGCUACAUCAAGAUCAGCUGAAAACAACCACAACCGUUGCAAUCAGCACGUCGUUUAAGGUGGAUAGAAUGUGGCUUAAUGGGAAAGAAGAGGACAUAACACAUCCAAGACUACAAUCCUGUCUGAGAGAGAUUAGACGAUUAGCACGGAAGAGACGCAACGAUGGAGAACCUGAUUCCACUGAAUCAACGGGGUUGUCUCACAAAGUCCAUAUUUGCUCCGUUAAUAACUUCCCAACUGCUGCAGGACUCGCCUCUUCAGCUGCUGGAUUUGCGUGUCUCGUUUAUAGUUUGGCUCAGGCGUUUGGUGUAGAAGGAGAUUUGUCAGGGAUUGCUCGGCAAGGCUCAGGCAGUGCUUGCAGAAGCAUGUAUGGUGGAUUUGUUCAGUGGAUCAUGGGAAACAGAGACGAUGGGAAGGACAGCAUUGCCCAGCAGGUGGAGCCAGAGAGUCACUGGCCUGAGCUCAGGAUCCUGGUACUAGUGGCCAGUGCCAAGAGGAAGCCGAUAGGCAGCACCUCUGGGAUGCAAACCAGUGUGCAAACAAGUGUUCUAUUAAAGCACCGAGCAGAGUCUGUCGUCCCUCAUCGAAUGGACAAGAUGAUCAAAGCAGUGCAAAAAAGGGACUUCGCUGCAUUUGCUGAGAUCACCAUGAAGGACAGCAACCAGUUUCACGCCACAUGCCUGGACACAUACCCUCCUAUCUUCUACCUCAACAGUGUUUCACAACAGAUCAUCCACUUGGUGCAUCGUUAUAACGGACAUUACAGGGAGAGCAGGGUGGCCUACAGUUUUGAUGCCGGGCCCAACGCGGUGAUCUUCACCUUACAGCAGCACGUUCCAGAGUUUGUCCGGGUGGUUCAACAUUUCUUCCCCCCAGAUACGAACGGAGAAGACUUUAUUAAAGGUCUUCCAGUCAAAGGUGCUGCUAUCUCUGAGGAGCUGAAAGAGGCCAUUGGUCUGGAGCCCACACCAAAUGGGAUAAACUACAUCAUCAGUACAAAGGCUGGACCAGGUCCUUGUAUCAUCGAGGAUUCCUCUCAGCACCUGCUCUCACCUGAUGGAUUCCCUAAGAAAGCUUUGUGAGACUCCUGAGGAAACAAGUUCACGAGCAGUGAUGGAACCUUAUUAUUGAAUUUAAAAAUGUAACAAAUCAGUCUUUUAGAUCAAAGUCAGGCCGGCCCAAGCCUUUGUGGGGCCCUAAACUGGUUUCUCUUGGGGACCCUCCACACCAACAAGUCUACACUAGAUGAUUCAUCAUUCCCAAGCUGCACCAUUAUAACAUGCCCACUAUUAUUAGCAUAUUUUGUAACUGGCUUACAUCAAACCUGUGUUAUUGUGUAUAUUGAUUUUAAGUUUAUCAGAGCAGAAAACCACCAAAAAUGCUCUAAUUAAUUAGCCUUUUUAAAUGAAGAUUGUUAUUUAAGUGUGGUAUAUUAAUUCAGCAAUAGAAACAUCGGCAGACAAACACUGAAUUCACAGUAAAAAUUUUAGGUUUACUAUCUUUUGUUCUUAAAAUUUGUAAAGAGUGCUGCACUACAAAAUAAAACCAAAUGACACAACAGAAAAUAAUACA